AUGAAGUUGGGUUUCUCGAUCCUCGUUACCACCCUUGGUGCUGCAACCUCUGUUAUGGGGCAAAGCAGUCGCAUUGGCGCGCCAGUAGCAGGCGCCCAUAUCAAGCUUGGAGGCACAUUCACAGUGCAAGUUAUCCGCAAUAAUGGACUGCUCAGUUCAACCGAAGUCGGCAUGGUCAUUUGUCUGUUAUCGUGUCCUACCUCCUCCAGCGUAACGUGCCCUUCACCACAGGGCCAGCUGGGCGACUGCAUUUAUACCGGGCUGUUCAACCCGACGAUUCCGCUCGAGACGGGUGGAGGGCGUUAUGAAAACUUCACGUUGACGGCGCCAUCAACUGAAAACUUCUUUGUCUCGGGACGGGCGCAGCUCGCUGUUGCGCGGCUUCAUCUCAUCGGGGCUGGACCGGCGCCCGUGUUGGAGCUGAAUAACAUUACAGUCGUUAUGGUCAACUGA